AUGUCGUCAGGGGCCUUCGUCGACAGGAUAGACCCAUUCGCCAAGCGAUCUCUCAAGAAGAAAUCCAAGAAGUCGCAGGGCUCCUCCCGCUAUCGCAAUUCGCAGGAUGUUGAGCUUCAGCAGUUGCCUCUGCUUAAAGAUGUUAACGCUGCAGAGCAGGAGGAAUUGUUUAUCAAAAAGUUACGUCAAUGCUGCGUGGCGUUCGAUUUCAUGGACCCAAUGGCUGAUCUCAAAGGCAAGGAAAUUAAACGAAGUACGCUCAAUGAAUUAGUCGAAUAUAUCACAUCAGGGCGAGGUGUUCUUACCGAGCCUAUUUAUCCGGAAACUAUCAAGAUGGUUUCUGCAAAUUUAUUCCGUACAUUGCCACCUAGCGAAAAUCCAGAUUUUGAUCCAGAAGAAGAUGAUCCAACACUGGAGGCGAGUUGGCCUCAUCUUCAGUUGGUCUAUGAAGUCUUCCUCCGUUUUCUUGAAUCUUCAGAUUUCCAGCCUGCUAUUGGCAAAAAAGUUAUUGACCAAAAAUUCGUGUUACAGUUAUUGGACUUGUUUGAUUCGGAAGAUCCCAGGGAAAGAGAUUUCUUGAAAACCGUUUUGCAUCGUAUUUAUGGCAAGUUCCUGGGUCUUAGAGCCUUCAUACGCAAACAGAUUAACAACAUUUUUUUGAGGUUUGUGUACGAAACAGAACAUUUCAACGGGGUCGGUGAACUUCUUGAAAUUCUGGGUAGCAUUAUUAAUGGAUUCGCUCUUCCUUUAAAAGUUGAGCACAAGCAAUUUUUGGUUAAGGUAUUGUUGCCACUACAUAAAGUGAAAUGUUUAUCGCUCUAUCACGCGCAAUUAGCUUAUUGUGUGGUACAAUUUUUGGAAAAAGACGCGACUUUAACAGAACCAGUUGUACGAGGCCUCCUUAAGUUCUGGCCUAAAACGUGCAGCCAGAAGGAGGUGAUGUUCCUUGGUGAAAUUGAAGAAAUAUUGGACGUUAUAGAACCUAAUCAAUUUGUUAAAAUACAAGAACCUUUAUUUAGGCAAGUCGCACGUUGCGUGUCUUCACCACAUUUCCAGGUUGCAGAGAGAGCAUUGUACUUUUGGAAUAACGAGUAUAUAAUGUCUCUAAUUGAAGAAAACAACCAAGUAAUAAUGAAGAUUAUGUUUCCAGCAUUGUACAAAAUUAGUAAGGAACAUUGGAACCAGACGAUUAUCGCCCUUGUUUACAAUGUUCUAAAAACGUUUAUGGAAAUGAACAGCAAGCUCUUCGAUGAACUUACUGCCAACUAUAAGUUGGACAGGCAAAAAGAAAAAAGGAAGGAAAAAGAAAGGGACGAGAUGUGGAAAAAACUGGGCGAAUUAGAACGACGCAAUACUCUCGAUCGUAAUGCUCUCGCAGUUUCCUCCAAUAAUCCAGUUCCUGCCACUAACACAUCUAUAACGCGAACUCGUCCUUGAACUAGUGGAAGUACGGUAUCACGCUGCCCAGUUGUUAGCUCUUACAAUUAGUUUACUUCGAUUGUUCAUAUACUACACCACGCGGAAAAUUCUUAUCAAUAAAACAAAGUGUUUCACGAAAGCAUUCUUGACGUAAUGUAAUUAAUUUUAUUAAUUAUGAACGAAAUAUGUAGUAGAAUGAUGGAAGCUGAGAAAAAAAAUGAAAAAAAAAAAAAGAAUUUAU